GGCGCCGUUCUCCUCUUCCCGGCCUCGCUAACCAACAAAACCUCUUUCUAACAUUUUUAAUGGCUGAUUCAGCCUUUUCCUCCCCAUUUUCCCACACCCACACACUCGUACGAACCAGUAGUACCAGUUUCACGUCGUCGCCGGCGGCGGAGAAUUCUCAGCAGCUUCUGCCGGGAUGGUUGCCGGCUCUGUUGACGGAGAACUACUUCAGCGCCUGUAUCGUUCACGAAGAGGCGAGGAACAACGAGAAGAAGGUCUUUUGCUUGGACUGCUGCGAGGCCAUCUGCCCUCACUGCUUCAUCCUCCAUGGCUCCCACCGUCUCUUGCAGAUCCGGAGGUACAUCUAUCAUGAUGUUUUGAGGCUCAAAGAUGCCCAGAAAUGGUUCGAUUCUGCUCUUGUUCAGUCUUACAUUAGCAAUGGAGAAAAGGUAUUGUUUCUGAAGCAGAGGCCGGUUUCAAAGCCCUGCAGAAUCUCCGCCAAGACCUGUGUCACUUGCUACAGAGCAGUUCAACCUUCCUUCACUUUUUGCUCCAUCUUCUGCAAGCUUCAGCACUUGGUGAAAACAGGGGCGAAGUUGUCCGACCAUAUCUACGGCUGGGAAUCGCCGGAGAUCCAACCAGAGCCGAACUCGGGUGAGGAAGACGAAGAAGAAAAGGAGAAGAUGACGCCGGAGACGGUGCUUGAACCGGCGGAAUCCGUUUCCAGUGCAAGCGGCAGCAGCGCCGGAGGGAGAUGGACGGACUGCCGCCGGAUGCUUGCUAGCACGGAGCUCGCCAUUGAGAUAGUGCGGAAGAAGAGGAGCAGUCUGGGAUCGUCUUAUUUCCGGGCUUCGUCUACUCCUCCUCCGGCGACGGCGACGGCGAUCCGGCGGAGGAAAAAUCAGAGGAAGAAGGGGAUGCCUCGUCGAUCUCCGCUGAACUGACUGUUGUGAAGAGUGAUUAAUUAGGGAUGGGAGGUAGAAACCAAACUCCACUAGUUUAACAUACUACACUAAACUCAAACACAAAUGAGAAUAUAUCUUUUUUUUCACAAUAUAUUCUCUCGCCAUUGAUUCAUGUACUCUCUAUGUCCUAAGAUCAAACUUUAUUCACUUUCUUUACAUAUUUUCGUUAGUAACUAUAUAGAAUAGUAUAGUCAUGUCAUACUUGCU